UUAACUUUCUUAGACACACCACAAAGAUUCACUUAUUUUGAACCAGAGAAAGUAUGAUUUUUCUCAUAUUGUUUUUAUUUUGAAUCCGCCUCUGAUAAUAAAGUUCAAUGAUAAUAAUGAUAUCCUCAUGUCACUCUAACAUAUGUUGUAGAAGACCAAAGUUUGUGGUACAAAAUUGCUAAAGCACUCCACUUGAAUAUGCUGCCACUGUUUCUGUUAAUCCUUUGAGUGCCUUGAUGUAAUAAGCCAUAUAUUUUUUAAGGCUUAGUUGGUAACUUAAAUAAAAGAAGGAAAUAAAAAGAAAAAAAAUAGAAAAGAAGGAAGGUAGCCAAGCCCAAAAAGGAAAAGGAAAAGAAAAAAAAAAGACUUUAAAAAGUCUGAAGGCUAACGUGAAACACUACAAUAUGAAGGAACCAAAAAAAAAAAAAAAAAAGAAGAGGACGAGCAAACAGAGGGAGAGAAAACCAGCAGGAAAAAAAAAAGGGAGAAAAAAAGAAGAAAGGAGAGGAGAAAAAUAAGAACUUUCACCCCAAAUCAUCAAGAUACUGUUGUUGAGAACGAGGCUGGUAAUUGAAGACUUCGUGAGUGGAUUCUGUUGCUGAGAUGGCUAAGAAACGCGCAUCUUCAUCUGCUAAACGUGGUGCCGGACAGAGUGCUACCCGCGGUGGUAGACAAGCUAGUGCUCAUCAGACUAGAGCUCAGACUAGGACUCAUGCCACUCCUCAGCCUGAAGUUGUGAAUGGGGGUCAGCCCCGAGUUGCGUCAGAGCAAGUGCAGGAACAAGUGGUUCAGAACACUUCACCGGCACGAGUUGCCGCCCCUACUAUUGCUAUGCCCGCAGAUGUGGUGACCAGAUUAUUGAAUGUGUUGGAGGCAUUGGCGCCUAAUCAUGGUGGAAUUCCAGGUCCUCGGGCUACUUCACAAGCACAAGCACAAACUCAAGUUCAGUUGAAUGUUGCAGCUAAUCAGACACCUCAGUUGGCCCCUCAACAGGUUGUCCAGUCUACAGGGCAAUCUAAGGAGUUUAAGAAUUUCAUGGAUAUUAAGCCACCAGAGUUUGAUGCUUCACCUACUUUUAUUGAACCUCGGAAGUUCAUUGAUCGUUGUGAAAAGAUAUUGACUACGUUGGGGCUGAAGGAGACUCGUGGUGUGAAAUUUGCCACUUUCUUAUUCUCAGGGUCUGCAGAGUCUUGGUGGAUUUCAAUUCAGAGAGGUAGACAAGCAGGGUUACCACCUAUUACUUGGUCAGAAUUUUUAGCACUGUUUAAGGACAGGUUUAUUACAUUAAGCAAGCAAGAUGACAUGAGACGUCUGUUCAAUAAUCUGCGGUAG